GUCGCUGGCCGGGAAAGGCUGAGGCUCCGGUAACCCCGGCAGGGCGGGGGGAGAGGGAGGGGCGGGGCAGGAGCCCCCUGGAGUGCGGGGUCGUGGUCCGGACCAGGAGCGGGAGCCCUAGACACGCUCAGCACCGCUUCCUCUGCCAGCAGGCCCCGCCCGGCCCGGCGAUGGAGUUUCCGGACCUCGGGGCUCACUGUUCCGAGCCGAGCUGUCAGCGCUUGGAUUUUCUGCCGCUCAAGUGCGACGCCUGCUCCGGCAUCUUCUGCGCAGACCAUGUGGCCUAUGCCCAGCAUCACUGUGGAUCUGCUUACCAGAAGGAUAUCCAGGUACCUGUGUGCCCACUCUGUAAUGUGCCUGUGCCUGUGGCCAGAGGGGAGCCCCCUGACCGCGCUGUGGGGGAGCACAUCGACCGAGACUGUCGCUCAGAUCCAGCACAGCAAAAACGUAAGAUCUUCACCAAUAAGUGUGAACGCUCUGGCUGCCGCCAGCGGGAAAUGAUGAAACUGACCUGUGAGCGCUGUGGCGGAAACUUCUGCAUCAAGCACCGUCACCCACUGGACCAUGAGUGCUCUGGGGAGAGUCACCCAACCAGCCGGCCAGGACUUGCCGCCAUCUCCAGAGCACAAGGUCUGGGUUCUUCUACAAGCACCGUCCCCAGCCCAAGUCGGACGUUGCCUUCAUCUACCUCUCCCAGCAGAGCAACAGCCCAGUCUCCAUCCAGGUCAGCCCCCCCAGUGAUCGCUCUGCAGAAUGGCUUGAGUGAGUAUGAGGCUCUUCAAAGAGCCCUGGAACUGUCCCUGGCAGAGACCAAACCCCAGGUCCCAAGUUCUCAGGAGGAAGAGGACUUAGCUCUAGCACAAGCGCUGUCAGCCAGCGAGGCGGAAUACCGACGGCAGCAGGCCCAGAGCCGCAGCUUGAAGCCGUCCAACUGCAGCCUGUGCUAGGGCCCUGGGCUUGGGGAGGGAGGCUCAGCUGAGGAGGACUGUGGCCCCCACACCUCUAGGGUACACAGGGAGAGGAGGCUGGGAGCAGCCAGGAGUGAAGACAAGGAGGCCACCUCCAGGGAGCAUCAGGAGGAGCACCUUGUGGAGUCAAGCCUACAGAAGGCCCUGGAAGAGAGCAGCUAGAACUGUCUGGUGGGUGGGCCCUCGGCGAAUGCUGGCCAGGCCCCGGACAGCCCCCUGCAUCAUGUCAUCCCCUUUACACUGAGGCUGCCCCCAUCUGUAGGGGGCAAGGAGGGGCCUGGAAGGAAUAAAGGAUCUUGGCUGUCACUAA